CCCGCGGUCCUUUCAGUUUACUCGAACUCCCCCAAACCAGCAGCGAAAUCUCCAUUCCGACCCGAUUCCAACGCUCGCACUCCUCGAUCCAAGUGUUCUCUCAUGGCCACGGCGACUGCGAGUAGGCUCAGCGGGCCGGUCCUGUCGAUCCCCAGCUACCGCUCCGCCUCGCCCACCCGCGUCAAGCUCCCCGCCGGUGGCGCCACACGCUCGCCGGGCAAGUCCGUCAGCGUCUCGUCCUCCUCCUCUGCCCCUGCCGGCGCCGCCGCCAGCAAGAGCCGUCGGUCCUGCAUGUGCUCCCCGACGAACCACCCGGGCUCGUUCCGGUGCGGCCUCCACAAGGAGGAGCGCAAGCAGGCGGCUCCAUCUUGCAACAACAGCAAGCCCGGCUCCCCGCCGUCCAUCGGCAGCGCCGGCUCGAAGCAGACGGGCAGCGCGCUGGUGCGGCUCGUCCCCAUGGAGAGCGGGCACUGGGCACGCAGGGCGCUCGCGCCGUCCCCCGCGGCGCAGCAGUCGCUGCAGCACCGGAGGCGCGUGGGCGGGUCCCGCCCCCGGCCGAGCCGGCUCUCCGCUGUGUCCAUGGCCGGCGACCGCUCCGGCGACAACCACCAGUAGACAAACCAACCAACGUCGACAUGCCAUAGCAAGAUAAAGUAGAUAGUAAAAAAUUCCAGCAACAAUUGGAGUUUCAGACCCAAUUCUGGGAUCCGGCUUGGCCAAUUAGCUAGCUCGUAGAUAGAGUGAGCCUUUCGUCCACUCUGUUCUGCUGUGUACAACUCCAUCUGGUUUUGGAUAUGGAUAAUCAUGAGUGACAAAUUGGAGACUGAUA